AUUCAUGUACCAGCUAUAUUAAUCUCCAAAUAUCUUGAUGAUUCAUUUCGUCCUGUUUUUAAUCGUGUUGCACGAAAAACAAUCUAUGUUAAUAGUUUAGAUCUUGUGAAACAAUUAGAAAACCAUGAAACACAAGGUCAUCUAUUGUCAACUACAAAAUUUAUUACAGCUGAUGUAAAAAAUCUUUAUACAAUGAUACCUAAAGGUGGUGCAUUAGAUGCUUUAUAUCGAUUUUGUGUUAAACAUGGUAAAAAUGGCAAAAUUGGCAAUUUAUCUGUCAAUACCAUUAUCCGAUUGGCAUGUCUUGUGUUAGAUACCAAUUGUUUUGUAUUUGAUAAUAAAUAUUACAAACAAAUUCGUGGUGGUGCUAUGGGAUCACCAUUUACAAUGACAUUAGCCAAUAUCUAUAUGUAUGAAUGGGAACAAUCCUUAAUUCAACAUCAACAAAUAAGAAAUGAACUCUACGGCUGGUAUAUCGAUGACAUAUAUAUGACGUCAAAUGAACCUAUUGAAAACAUUAAAGCAUUACUUGAUCGCGAAAAUGAAAAAGAUCCAAAUAUUCGUAUUACUUAUACAAUUCAUGAAUCUGUUGAAUUUCUUGAUGUCUUAAUUGAAAAUAAUCAAGCACAAUUAAAAACAUCAGUUUUUCGUAAAUCAGCUGCCGAACCAUACAUUGUACCAUAUACGUCGGAUCAUCCACGUUAUAUUCAUUCCAAUACAAUCCAUACAGCAUUACUUCGAGGUAUUCGUCUCUGUUCAGACGUAGAAACAUUCGAACAAGAACGAUUAAAUAUUGAAAUAGCCCUACUCUUAAAUGAAUAUUCACCAAAUUUUAUCAAACGUCAUCUAAAACAAUUCUUUAAAAACCAUAAUGCUAUGUCAAUCUAUCAAGAUUUACAUACAGAAACCUAUAAAAAAACUACAUCUACAACUACUUGA